CGGACGGUUCUGAGAUGCCGAUUAAAUUGAAUAGUUCUCUACUACAGCUUCUCUCAAGAAGAUCCUCACAGAGUUGUGGGAUUGAAUAUGUGCAUAAUCACAAAACAUAGUUCACUUUGAACUUUAAGCUUUGUGCCUUACCCAAGUCUGUAUUGGGAAUCAGAAACUUGAAUCAAUGUUAUCAGAUGAGCUAGAAUCUAAACCAGAGCUGCUGGUUCAGUUUGUUCAGAACACAUCUAUUCCAUUAGGACAAGGGCUUGUAGAACCAGAACAUAAAGAUAUUACCUGUCUCUCUCUCCUUCCUGUUACUGAAUCCCCAGAAUGCAACAGGUUAAUGUUGCCAGAUGACUCUCCAGGUCAUGCCAGCCCUUCAAAGGACGUUUCCUCUUCUGCUGUCUUGCGAAGUCUCCAGGUGAAUGUUGGACCUGAUGGUGAGGAAACAAGGGCAGAAACUGUGCAGAAACCACCUGAGCUUCUACCGAGUCCUGACACUUCUAGUUUAUUGCAAGACCUCCAACCUAGUGAUAGCACUUCCUUUAUCCUCCUCAAUUUAACACGAACAGGCAUUGGCUUGCCAUCAGAGCACCUGGUGUUUGUCCAGGGUGAAGCAGAGGAUUCUGGGAAUGACUUAUUCUCCAACGAUAGCGCAGACAGCAGUACCCCGUGGUUUUUACGAGUGCAAGAACUGGCACAUGACAGCUUGAUUGCUGCCACUCGAGCCCAGCUCGCCAAGAAUGCCAAAGCAAGCAAUAAUGGUGAAAAUGUUCACAUUUGCUCAGGAGACCCCCAACUGAAAGAAUCCAGCCCCAUCCCUCACCUGCCUCGUGUGGAGAAAAAACUGAAGUGCACAGUUGAGGACUGUGAUGGGACAUUUGAGAAAAAACUGAAGUGCACAGUUGAGGGUUGUGACAGGACAUUUGUGUGGCCGGCCCACUUCAAAUAUCACCUAAAAACCCACAGGAAUGACCGUUCCUUUAUUUGUCCUGCAAAAGAUUGUGGGAAAAGUUUCUAUGUACUGCAGAGGCUGAAGGUGCAUAUGAGAACGCACAAUGGCGAGAAGCCAUUCGUCUGCACUGAGCUAGGCUGUGGGAAACAGUUCACAACGGCUGGGAAUCUGAAGAACCAUCUGAGGAUUCACACUGGGGAAAAGCCCUUCUUGUGCGAGGCUCAGGGAUGUGGUCGUUCCUUUGCUGAAUACUCCAGCCUUCGGAAGCACCAGGUUGUCCACUCAGGAAUAAAGCCCCAUCAAUGCCAAAUCUGUGGGAAGACAUUUUCUCAGAGUGGUAGUAGGAAUGUUCAUAUGAAGAAACAUCAUUCUAGAGCUGGAACAAUUAGCAACAUUAGCAACACGCAGCAUGAACCAACAGAAUCGCUGAUGGGCAGUAGUUUAUUGGAAGAAUCUGAAGUACCCAGUAAGAACCUGGUAUCCAUAAGCUCACCACCUAGCCUCGAUGUAACAUCCUUGCACCUGCCUGACACUGAAUCAAUUAUUGGUGUAAAAGAGGAGGUCCUUGCAGAAGCAGCAACAAAUUCUCUCCAUGCUGCAUCAGAUGUCAUGUUGCCAUCUCAUCAUCUAAUGCCCAUGUCAACAUCCAGACAUUCUUACGGGGUGUCAGCUUUGCUGCAGUGAAUCCACAGGUCAGUUUGAGCAGCACU